AUGAAGCUCCCCGUCCUGCUCCUCUCGCUCUCAUUCGCCGCCUUCGCCAGCGCACAGUACAACUCGGAAGGCGGGCAACCUGGGCAUCAGCAACGAUUCGACCUCGCCGACGCGUCUCAUCCCCACGCACAGUCCCCUGCACAGACCUUUCAUCGCAGCGCGGAAGAACCCUCGCAGACAGCGCCUGCCGUCGCUUCGCUCUUCGAGAAAAUGGGGGUCGACUUCACGGAGGCGGUACCCGAGCCUAAGGUCGAGUCGGCGUGGGACCCGCGCAUCCCGCUCAUCACAGACGAGAACUUCGACGAGGUCAUCACCCACGAGGAGUUAACUCCCGAGGAGGAGACGGAACGCGUCUGGUUCCUCAUCAUCUCGAUGCCAACGGGCAAGUACAGCGAGAUCUCGCAGCUGGUCGACCAAAGCUUCGACGAGGCGCACAAUCAAACCCUCGCCGCGGGCGAUCUCCCACACGUCCGCUGGGGCCGCAUAGACUACACAAACGCCACCUUCCUUACCACAAAGUGGGCCAUCUGGUCAAGGCCUUACCUGAUCGUGGCCACGGACAGAGGCGAGACGCUGCGGUUCUACAAGGCAGACCGCGCGCACCCGUGGAAGAGCGACUUCGCGCCUGGCGGAUCGCGGGAGUGGGUGCUUCAUUACUGCGCGUCCGGGCUUAUGCACACGUCCCGCUUCGUGAAGCGCUACCCGCGUUGGCAGCUCCUCGUCGGGGCGGGCGCGAUUGCGAUGCUCGCCAUGCGCGCGCGGCGAGCCGUGGGCCCUUCUACGGCUACUAUGGCGGAGCACAGGCUGCAGGCUACCGAGGGGGGUACUUCGGAGAGCAGCUGCGCGACGGCGAAUAGCAAGGCGCUCUUUGGCAGCACGGCGACUUCGACGGCGACGGCGAGCCCCAGCAGGGGGGCGACCUCGAAGGAGGGGAAGAAGGCGUUGACGUUGCAGAAGUUGAAGAGGUAA